UCUCUGAAUUUUUGGCCUAAGCAAUUCACAAUUUUGGUAACUAAUUUGCAUUCCGGCAAAAGAUUUAGAACUUUCCUAUAGUAUAGAGGUUAGGGAGAGACCGAGUCCAAAAUGAAAGCGUAAGACCAAAGACGAAGAAGAGUAGCAACAACUGGUUUAAGGUUUCCUUUUUCACUUCACCAUUCCCAAACGAUACAUGUCCACUCUCUCUCUACUUUCUCUCUCUAAAACAGACAUAUAACCUUAUUUCUUCUUCCUCCUCCAACAGCAGCAUGCUAUUAGUGCCUCCAAUCAACACAGUAACCAUCAAAAUCAUGCUAGCAACCUUCACCUUCUUCUUCCUCCUCUUCUUCACCGGUUUCCUCCAAUUCCCUUCCGUUUCCCCUUCUCUCCCACCCUUCCACGGCACCACCUUCACACCCUCUUCUAACCAAACAUCUUCCCAACCCUUCACCGAUCUGCUUUCUUCCUUCAGGAAAUGGGACUCGCUUGUGGGUUGUGAUCAAUUCAGGGAGAAAACUAAUGGGGUCUCGUUGAAUCACUCAAAGGUUGUUUCUUUGCAAGAGUUUGGUGGUGAUUCUGAUUGUGGGGGUUUUAAGCUUAACCAUGUUAGUGUUUUGGUCAAAGGGUGGACUUGGGUUCCUGAUAAUUUAGAUAAUUUGUACUCUUGUCGUUGUGGGUUGAGUUGUUUGUGGACCAAAUCGAAUGUUCUUGCUGACAAGCCUGAUGCUUUGUUGUUUGAAACGUCUACGCCUCCGAUUCAGAGACGUGUGGGAGAACCACUUCGUGCUUACAUGGAUCUUGAAGCUGGCCGAAAGAGAUCAGGUCGAGAGGAUAUAUACAUUAGUUACCAUGCUGAAGAUGAUGUACAGUCAACCUAUGCCGGUGCUCUGUUUCACAACGGUCGAAACUAUCACAUCUCCAAUACUAAAAACAGUGACAUACUUGUUUAUUGGUCUUCGUCACGGUGUCUUUCUCAAAGGAAUGAACUUGCCGAAAAACUUCUUGGCUUGCUGCCGCAUCAUUCAUUUGGCAAGUGCCUAAACAAUGUUGGCGGUCUAGACAUGGCUCUUUCGUUCUACCCCGAGUGUGAAAAAGAUGCAAACGCUACACCAAAAUGGUGGGAUCAUUUACAUUGUGCCAUGUCUCACUACAAGUUUGUGCUUGCAAUAGAGAACACUUUCACUGAGAGUUACGUGACGGAGAAGUUAUACUAUGCGUUGGACUCAGGUGCAGUUCCUAUCUAUUUUGGUGCACCAAACGUCAUGGAUUUUGUUCCUCCACAUUCAAUAAUAGAUGGUAGAAAAUUCAAAUCGUUGCAAGAAUUGGCUUCAUACGUGAAGGCCGUAGCAAAUGACCCGGUAGCCUAUGCAGAAUACCAUGCAUGGAGAAGGUGCGGUGUAAUGAGUAACUAUGCGAAAACACGAGCUGUGAGCCUUGACACAUUGCCGUGCCGUUUAUGUGAGGCUGUUAGCAGAAAAGGUGGAAGAAAUGCAAAAGCUAGCUAGGGUAUAAUUAUGGCUUUGCUUGACAGAGAUUAGACAGAUUGAGUUUAUAACUUGUAUAGAGGCACAUUGCUUGUUUCACAGUUGAUGAAAAGAGGAAACAAAUACUGAGCAAAGAAAUAUAAAUAGAUCGAGAGGGGUUGAGUUCAUAUUUAUGAAAAUUUUAAGGGGCAUUCCAUUUGUUUUUAAUCUUUUUUUUAGUUUUUUCUGAUGACAAAUUGUGGAUGACAUAGCACUGUAGUUAAUUGUUAUAAUUUUUAAGAAACGUGUGCAUUAUGUCAACUUGCAAAGC